AUGGGGAAUACUGAAAGCAAUGUUACAAGUGGUGUAAAAAAGCAGGCCGGAACAUCUGAACAGAAAAUUUAUAAACUUAUUGAUAUUAAAGGGGGAGGACUGUUGGUUGAUAUGAUGAAAAGAGCUGUACAGAACAAGCAGUAUGCGGAAAUAGAUCAUGCGAUUAAAACAAAAGUAGAACCAUUUCUCUACAAUAAAGGAAAAGGCCGUUACAUACCAAUAUCGCAUAUCGUCUUGUUGAGGAAUAAGGAACGACCGCGACAUAAAUUGCUACCCCCAUUACGUGGUAUGGAGAAUCCAGACGAAGAGUUCGAUGUUGAGAAAGACUGGCCAGUGGUUACUCAAGAAGAAUAUGACGCUAAUCCAUCAGGUUAUAGAGAACUGUGCUGGGAUCUAAAGGAGCGGGGAGCAGUCGGAGAGACAAUACUCCAUCUGUGUCUUUUAAACGCAACUUCUCUUUUAGCGGAUUUGGCGAAGAGAUUAUUGCGUUUUUAUCCGAAGUUGAUCAAUGAUAUAUACAUGAGCGACGAAUAUUACGGUGAAAGUGUCCUCCACAUGACCAUUGUAAAUGAGGAUCCAACUAUGGUCAAGUUCCUGUUAGACGCUGGAGCGGACUACCAUGAACGUUGUUUUGGUAAUUUCAUGUGUCCUGAAGACCAGAAAGCAUCUAGAACGGACUCAUUUGAUCAUGAAUGGGUUAAUGUACAACCAGAAACUAAUUAUGAUGGGUACGUGUAUUGGGGCGAAUACCCAUUAAGUUUCGCAGCCUGUCUCGGUCAGGAGGAAUGCUAUCGUCUAAUCUUAGCACGAGGAGCGAAUCCAGAUAAGCAGGAUACAAACGGCAACACAGUUCUUCACAUGCUGAUCAUUUAUGAUAAAAUAAGUACAUUUGACAUGGCUUACGAAGUCGGAGCGUCUCUAAACAUACGCAACGUCCAAAACCUGACCCCUCUAACAUUAACCGCAAAGCUGGCGCGCGUGGAACUCUUUUUCCAUAUAUUGAACAUCGAAAGAGAAAUCUAUUGGCAAAUCGGUGCUACGACUUGCGCUGCGUAUCCUUUGGGACAAGUCGAUACUAUUGAUACGGAAACGGGAUUAAUCAGUAAAGAUUCAGCAUUGAAUUUAGUUGUAUUUGGGGAAAAGGACGAGCAUUUAGAACUAUUGGAGGGUAUGUUAAUAGACCUGUUGAAGACAAAAUGGAAUACGUUCGUCAAGUUUCGCUUCUAUCGUCAAUUCAUUUUAUUUUCCUUCUACUUCGUUAUUUCCCUCGUUUGUUUCACGUUACGACCGGGACCGCCCGAUAGAGCCCUAAAUGCGACUGCUGUAAAUACAACUACGGGACCAGUGAACGAUACGGAGUUAGUUUCUGAUGUCGAAAACUGUACUUUACCGCAGACUGGUAUAGAAUUUGAUCCAGGGGCUAUCGAAGUCUUCAAUGGGUCGAAGCCAGGCGUUCAAUGCGCCCGAUUCAAAAGUCAUCCAAAAGAUAAGGAGAAACCUACAGCACCGAGAGAGAAUGACAUGGAAGGCUGGUGGGAGGAUUUAACUGAAGAGUGUAGAUUAAUGAAUUUUGAUACUUGGCAUGCGAAAUUGCGUAUAAGUGCGGAGCUAAUGCUGUGGGUUGGUGCUCUAGCAUAUAUAGCAGCAGCAUUACGAGAAGCGAGGUUUUUGGGAAUAAAAAUGUUUAUCGAGAAUUUGAGUACUGUUCCUUCAAGAGUGAUGUUUCUAUUUUCAUGUCUACUAAUGGUUUUUCUACCAACACUACGUCUGUGGUGCGCCGAUGAGGAAGAGGAUCAUCUCGCUGUUAUAAUUAUGCUAACGACUGCUCCUUAUUUCUUGUUUUUCUGUCGUGGCUUCAAAACGGUUGGUCCGUUCGUAGUCAUGAUCUAUAGGAUGGUGAUGGGUGACCUAUUACGCUUUGUCUGCAUAUAUCUUGUCUUCGUUAUGGGAUUUUCACAAGCAUAUUACGUGAUAUUCUUAUCAUUCGAUAACCCCAAUACGCCGGAGGGCGUGGACGACUCGGUAUCAAACCCCAUGCCCUCGCCCAUGGAGAGCAUCAUGGCGAUGUUCCUAAUGUCUCUCACAUCCUUCUCGGACUAUUAUGGUGCUUUUGAUAGAACGGACCAUGAAAUUGCCGCAAAGGUUAAUAAUCUUCUGUUCGUAAUCUACAUGAUAAUAGUGGCAAUUUUGCUCGUGAACAUGUUGAUUGCCAUGAUGGGUAAUACGUAUCAGAAGAUAGCGGAGACCCGCAACGAAUGGCAGAGACAAUGGGCUCGGAUCGUAUUGGUGGUCGAGCGUGGAGUACCACCGGCGCAGAGGCUUAAGCAACUUUUGGCAUACAGUCAGCCAAUGGCGAACGGGAAGAGGGCUUUAGUACUGAGGAUUAAUCAGAAGGACGAGGAUAAAGAAGAAAUGAAAGAAAUCUUAGAAAUGAAGCGGACACAUGAACGUGUUGUGGCGAAGAGGAAGCAGCGGGAGGCGGAAAUGAAAGGGGGUAAGGGAAGACUCCCACCACCGCCCGUUAGAGAUUACCCCACUACAAAGAAUCAGAAGGUCGCAAUUAAAAAAAUGUAG